GAGCUCGCAUGCCGCGUCCAGUACCUCGAAGGCAUCCUCAAGCACGAACGGCCCGAUCUCCCCCUCGACACCGACAGCCUCUGCAAGCACUACCAUGCAUGCCUGGCACGAAGUCCAGACUCGGCCCACGAGGUCGUCGCCCAGGCAGCCGAGAACGUCUGCGAUCAAGACUGCGAGCUGGAACCCCGAGACCGCAAUUCAGCCUACUACUCGGGCGAGUUCUCCUACUGGACCUUUUCCAUGAAGGUAAAACGACAUGUCCAGGCCAGACUUGGCUACAAAAAUGAUGUGCAAGGCCAUGACACGGUGCCGAGCUGCUGGCGGCCCCUGCGGGAGAAGCAGAGCACGCGAGUCAUUCGUGAUGCCGUCGCCGGGCUGCCGCCGCGCUUCGUUGCCACGUUCCUCGCCAAGGUCUUCUUCGCCUAUGCGCAGAAGAACUUCUUCUUCGUGCAGAGGGACUGGUUCCAGCGGAAGCUGGACGUGUUGUACCGGGGGAGCCCGGGCGACGCGUCCGAGCUGGACGCCGCCACCGUGUGCAUCAUUUUCGGCGUGCUGGCGGCCGGCACGCAGUACGCCCACAUGGACUCGUCGCGGCGCAAGGCUACUACCCUGCAGCCACCGGGCGAGGCCGAGGACGAGGUGGGCAAUCUGUUUUACGAGAGUGCCACGCGGCUGCUGCCCGAGGUGCUCCAGUCGGCGUCACUGGAGAGCGUGCAGGCCAUCACGAUUCUGGGCUUCUACGCACAGCCGCUCGACGCUCCGGGGCUUUCCUACGUUUACUUCAGCCUGGCGACUAGGCUUGCCAUACAGAAUGGAAUGCACCGCCGGUACCAGGGCAAGAAGAUGUCGCCGCUGACCAUUGAGACGCGCAACCGCGUGUGGUGGUCUGUCUGCAGCAUAGAAAAAAAGAUUGCAAUCUUCCACGGACGGCCACCCUCGUUGCUGCCCUCCGACAUCGACGCUGACCUGCCUCGCCCGGCGCCCGACAUCAUGCCGGACGAUGGGCCUCUGGACAUCGGGCGCAUGGUCAUCUGGAUCAAGCUCAUUCAGUACCUCGGUGACUUCCUGAAGCAGAUCCUGUUCCUUCGCAAGAAGACCCAUAUGGCCGACGCGGGUCUUGCCGUGCUACAGUUGGCGGCCAUGAAGGCGGAACUGAAGAACUACUGGGACACCAUACCGCGCGCUGCGCUAGACGUCGCCGCCAUCGAAAACGCCCAGGCAGCGCGUUCCUGUGUGCAUCUGCGCCUCUUGUACUGCUUGAUCAGAAUGUUUGUCGGGCGGCCGUUCCUGUCGCCGGGUCUCAGCAACGCCAGCGUCGCCAAGGGAGAUGAUCGUGAGGCUAGCACCGGUAGUGAGACCAGGAACGCGUCCGAGCGCACACUGGUGGACGACGCCAUUGCCGCCGCCUGCGAGGCGGCGGCCCUGUGCUGGGAUCUGUAUCAGGGCGAGGACGGGCUGUCCAAAGGGUCCUUCAUCGAGCACAACUCGUGUCGCGCGUUCCUGCUCGUGCUGAUAGCCUACUCGAUCCAGAACCGGACCGACACCUUCCGAAGCCUCCUACAGCAAGGUCUGCUGAUGGUGCGUGACCUGUCGUCCAUGGGCGACCUGGCACGUGCCGAGACGUCGCUCAUCGAGGACCUAAACGAGGCGCUCGGCCACCUCCUCCUGCAGGGCUCCAGGUACCACUCGGGGCAUGCGUCGUGCAGCGCCGACCUCUCGCGUGCGCCGCCCAGCCAGGUCCCAGACUACGACUCGUUCAGGCGCUGGCAGGCAACUAUGCAGAGCGCAGGCGCGUUUGCCGACCAGAACCAUCACGACACGGACAGUCCGUCAGACAUGAUGACGACCAACGAUGCAGGGGCCACGCUCUCCGAGCCACCACCGGCAGCCAUGUUCUCCCUGAGCAUGCCGUCGUCGUACGGUUCGCAGCAGUCGCAGGUGGGGCGUGUCGGACUGGCGGAAAACGAUGCGCAGGGCUCGUCCUUUGCACCCGAGGACAUUGACUGGAUCAUGCAGACGUCGUACGAGCAGUGCAUCGAGCCCUUUUUCACGCUGUCGGACGCGGACCUGCAGAUCUUAAGCAGAUAAGCAGGUGGUCAGUAUUUGCAGCUGGUCGGUGCUUACCAACUACCUAGGCCCCCAUGUGGUGAAUUAUCAAUGAGCCAUGCGCACCGUCUUUCGAAGGCCUGUAGCUACUUCGACAUAUUACAGCGCCCGGGUAGCUAAUUAAGGAUUGCACAGACUGCCAUGUGCUGUCGACAAUGGGGUCGAGAGUGAGCUGGGUCUGCAUUGUACUGCAAGCAACGAGUAGAGACAGGAUGUGGCUCCCUGCUUGAGGCAGAGUUCUAUAAGCUGGGUACCUUAUAUAAGGCCCGGCGGCCAUUCAUUGAUCCAUGAUUCGGUUAUUAGGGUUGAAAUUGAAUGGGUUAGGUAUCCCUAGGAGACUGUGAAUCGAAAAGAAGAAAAGGGGGUGCCGAAUUAGAGGCUCUAAUUCUCUGAGGCAAUUACUACACGGGCAUGAAGAAUUGCUACCCGGGCAUAACUCUUACACGGGCAUGACCUUUUGCA